AUGGGCAACAUGGAUAUUCUAAUGGACCACAUCAACUUAAACACAAGUUGGUACACGCCCCACAGUAAUGUGGAGCCAACAAACCACACGCCUAUGGGCAGUGCCCCAGGGGCAGAGACAGUCAACCAGUUCAUGAUGCAAUACAGCCAGUAUCAUGGAUUUAUCAGUGCGGUCAUUUGUGUGUUUGGAGUCGUGUCCAAUAUUCUAAACAUUAUUGUACUAACACGACAUCACAUGAUAACGCCCACAAACUACAUUCUGAUCGCGUUGGCCAUCUCAGACGUGCUCACAAUGUCUUUCUACCUUGUAUAUGCAAUCUACUUUUACUGCUACGCUAUCCCUUUCACGUCGUAUGGUCACUCCGAGGGCUGGAUCUAUUUUGUGUGCAUCAAUAUUCUCGUAGUCAUCACAUGCCAUAACAUGGCUAUGUGGCUUACUGUAUCACUUGCUGUGUUCCGAUAUAUUUUUGUAUGCCAUCAUGUCGUAGCCAAUCAGCUUUGCAGUCUUCAGCGUGCGAAAAUAACAAUUGCUGUGGUGAUGUUUACAACCAUUAUUACGUGCACCCCAAACUACUUCCUGUACCGAGUGUACCCGUUGGACCCCGACAAAAAUAUGACCGGUUAUUGGGUGGGCCAGAGUGAGUUUGCAUCUAAUAACAUUUAUUUUCAACCAAUCACUUUCUGGAUAUAUGGAGUAAUAAUAAAAAUAGCACCGUGUGUUCUAUUAACUAUACUUAGUGCAUGUAUAAUAUUCAAGAUGAAUGAGGCAAGUAAGCGUCGCCAACGGUUACUUCAGCAGUCCGGUCGACACAAUGAGGAGGCCCUGGCAGAACACAAUCGCACCACAAUGAUGUUGGUGGCAGUGGUACUGUUCUUCGUCAUAACAGAGUUCCCACAAGGUAUCUUAGCAGCCAUUAGUGGCCUAAAUGAAGCUUUUUUCCAAGAGGUCUACUCGAACCUUGGCGACAUCAUGGACCUCCUCGUUCUUAUCAACAGUGCCAUUAACUUCAUCCUCUACUGUAUCAUGAGCCAGCAGUUUCGCGACACAUUCAAAAACUUGUUUGUCUGCAAACUACAGAAAGUUCGCAAUCACAAUUCGAACUCCUCCCGACAGAAUGGUACCUCCUAUUACAAUAUAAAAACUGAGGCUACACAGGUGUGA